UCACGUGACCAUGGACGUGAGGAGUCUUCCCCAAGUCACGUGACCAUGGCCCUCUUCAGUGUACAGAAAUAUUCUAAGUCUGAAGAGGCAGGUGCCGCUUCAACGAGAAGGGCCAUGGAUGAGAGAUAAGAGACCCCGGUAUAGUAAAAAAAAUACUAAGUAUGAGAAGGCCAUGUCGCUUCACGGAAGAGGUACAUGGACGCGAGACAAGAAGGCUAGGCGUGAGUGGAAAAAACUAAGUUUGAGAAGACCAUGUCGCCUCAAGAGAAGGGCCAUGUCGCCUCAAGAGAAGGGCCAUGUGCAUGAUUGGGAGGUCCAUGGCCGUGUCACGACGGUGGCCAUGGAUGGGCGAAAGACAAAAUAGUCUAAGUCUGUGAGUUCCAUGCCGCUUCACGGGAAGACCAUUGCUGCAAAACAGCUAGACGAGGCAAGCUAUACUCCAAGACUCCGACGGUUUUCAAGAAGAGAAGGCAGUUAUGUGAUGAACUGCUACUCAUCUCACAUUUAAGAGACACGUCGGCCACAUUCCGAGGAAACAGUGAGCAGUUCUUUUUUGGGAGUUUUCCGAGGUGGUUCCUGCGACAGUUAUCCACCCAUGGCUAUAAAUAGGAGGAAGGGUCGACCGAGAGAGUGGGUUCCACAACCAAAUAAUUGAUGCAUACAUCAAACUUUACCAUUUUCUCUACAAAUACCAUAGUCGUAGAUCUGGAGCUCUCUCUGAACCUCCAUAGGAGUAAGGCUAAUUUAAUCUUGAUUUGGUCUAGUGAGUCGUGUAAACAUCAAACACCCUCGUUCGAACUUUUUUUAAAGAGGUGUGAACUGUGUCAAGUUGAUCAUUGUUCAAAGAAGUCAAGGUGCAAUCAAUUCGAUUCAACACAAGUUUUUCUCGCCGGAAAACAUCACCCCUUUGGAAUAUGCCAAAAAUGGAUCUGGAUUCCCCCCCCCCCCACCAAAUCGGUGCUAAAUAGACUUAAUUAUCGGUGAAGAAUAACAUCAAGUAUUAUACGUGAUAUGUAGCCUUCAAAAUCAAAGAAAAAUGUCAUUUCGAAAAAAUCACUCAAAAUUUGUGUCUUAUCCCUUUGGAACCAAAAAUGGACCCGAAAAAUAUCCGUCCAAAUCAGUGCUUAAUAAACUUAAUCAUCAGUGAAUAAUAGUCUUAGAUCAAAUCCAUGAUUUCUAGCCUUCAAAAUCCAAGUAAAACACCCUUUCAAAAAUAUCGCCCGAAAUUUGUGACGAGACACCCCUUUGGAGUCUGUCACAAAUGGAACAGGAAAAAAUCCGCCCACAUCGGUGCUUAAUAGACUUAAUCAUCAAUGAAUAAUAGCCUUAGUCCGAAACCAUGAUCUGUAGCCUUCAAAAUCUAAAGAAAAUGACAUAUUGAAAAACACUCAAAAUCCGUGAUGGUAUCCCUUUUGGAAAAUGGACCCAAAAAAAUCCUCCCAAAAUCGUUCUUAAUAGGACUCAAUCAUCAGUGAGGAAUAGACUCAGGAUGAAUCUGUGAUCUGUAGCCUUCAAAAUCCACGGAAAAUGACAUUUCGAAAAAAUUGCGCGAAAUAUAUGAUGAUACCCCUUGGGAAUUUGCCUCAAAUGGACUUGAAAAAAUAUGCCAGCAUCGGUGCUUAAUAGACUUAAUCAUCGGUGAAGAAUAGCCUCAGACGACGCCGUGAUCUGUAGCUUUCAAAAAUCAAACGAAAAUGGUCCUUCCGAAAAUCCGCCAAAAAUAUUACUAAAAUGCCUCCCGAAAAAACCUGCUCAAAUCGGUGUUUAAUAGACUAAAUAAUCGGUGAAGAAUAGCCUUAGACCGAAACCAUGAUAUGGGGCCUUCAAAUAAAAGGAAAAUGACAUUUCAAAAAAUUUGUUUGAAAUCGGUGAUGACAUUCCUUUGGAAUAUGCCAAAAAUGAACCCGAUUUCUUUUUUGUACAAAUCGGUGCUCAAUACUUAAUAGAGUUAAUGAUUGGUGAAGAAUUAUAUCAGGCCAAAUAUGUGAUAUGUUGUCCUCAAAAUCCAAGGAAAAUUACCUUUCAAAAAAUUCGCCAAAAUAUUAUGAAAACGCCCUCUAAAAAAAUUCGUCCAAAUCGGUGGUUAAUAGACUUAAUCAUAAGUAAAAAAUAACCUCAAGCCGAAUCGUAAUACGUAACCUUCAAAAUCUAAUGAAAAUGACCUUUCGAA